UUGAGCUCAAAACUUAUAAUAAUAUAUAUAUAUAAUAUUUAUAAUAUAUAAACUAAUUUUGCUUCAAAUUUCACUCUGGCUUCUUUAAGCUUGUAUUCAACAUAAUACUGUAUUAUCUCAAUGAAAAGUACUGAAACAAAUGUACAUGUGACAGAAAAAGGCAAUUCAUUAUUUUGGCUGGUAAAAAAUAUGCUUGGCCGGUGGCCAAAAACUUAAUUUUUAGCCCUGGUUUUAGACACACUGAGUUUAGGAGAAUUAUUUUUAGAGGUAGACUUAAAUCGGCUGAACAGAAAGAGCAUUGUGGUGCAAUUACCAUCUUAGCCUCUUGCCUACUUGUAUCAGGCUACUUUUUUGGUUGGAUAUUCUGCUUCUAUUAUAACCCUGAUACAAUAGGUUUGCCAGUUGCCAUACCUGUAAUUACGUCCUUACUGCCAGCUUCAGUCUGCUCCAACUAACACACAUACAAGCAAGACUCCAUUCAAAACAGGGACAUUUACAGUGUUCUGAUGAAGGAAGCCCCUCUCUCCAAACAUCUCCAGCAUCCAGCAUGGAGCCAUCGUCACCCUCCUCAGAUGACCCUCCACCCUCAUCCUGCUCACAGCAACCCUCGGUGUCCACUCAGCCAUCCCUGCUGCCCUCGGCGUCCACUCAGCCAUCCCUGCUGCCCUCGGCGUCCACUCAGCCGUCCCUGCUGCCCUCAGCGUCCACUCAGCCGUCCCCACUGCCCUCGACGUCCACGCCAUCCCCGCUGCUGUCCCCGCUGCUGUCCCCGCUGUCCUCUCCUGUGUCACAGAUGGGACAGAAAAGGAAGCGCAGGAACCAGGACGAGCUGUUCAUGAAGCAGCUGGCUGAGUUUCACGACAAGCGGUUGGAACUGCACCAGAAGUUGGCACAGGACACCAGGGAUGAGUGCUCCAGGUUUGGUGAGACUGGCUGAUUUUCUCAGGAGGGUGCCUGAUGAGAAGCGGCCUGACAUCAUGUUUAAAGUUCUUCAGCUACUGCAUGACAGCGUGAAGCAGCAGUGAACUUUAAGAUAAAAGUGCUCUUUCCUUUGUGUGUGUGUUUGUGUGAUUUUUUUGGUUGUGGGUUAUCUCUUUUGUUAAUUUGUUAUGUUAAUGCACCUUUCUAAUUUUGCAUCAACGCACCUUUGUUUACUUUUCUUGCACAUAUACUUAAGUUUAUACUUUACAAGUUUCUUUGUUGUUAUUGCAAUAAAGUCCACUCUGAAUCUGAUUCUGACUCUGAGAAUUUCAUGUAUUUGUAUUUUCAUCAAUUAUUAGGUAUAU